AUGAAGUUCAGCAUUAUCGCCAGCAUCUUUGCCCUCGCCAGCGUUGGCAUGGCUGCUCCAACUCAAGACGGCGCAGUUAAGACCCUGAACAAGAGGGGUCCUUGCCCCGAGGCUGGAUCCGGCAACAUUGACCCUUGCUGCUUUGACGGUGGCCCAGACGAGAACUGCAAGUCUCAGUCCAACUGCUAUGAGCGUUGCGGCCCCAGCGGACCCAAUGAUCAGGGAGGUGUUUUGGGGUGCAUCGCUGGCUGUGCCUCAGUCUGCCCAAGCACCCCAGAGUGCUAAACAGUUGAGGGCUCUUGCACUCCCUCGACCCGCUACGGUGAACGGUGCUGGAAUUUUAAGAGAUCGACGAUCAGAUCAAGAUAGCAGUACGCUCC